CUCAAAUCAAAAUAAGCAAACAUGAAGAGUGAAGGUCGUCAUCAACGCAUCGUAAGGACGGGAAUGAUUCAUCCGCAGGGCUUUAAUCCGCGACCCACCAACCGGCUCUAUUCAGCACGGGCUAAUGGAGUAUUUAUCAAAAUGCCAUCAGAUACUACCAACCAUUCAAAUUUCACCGGAGAAAGUGAACUAUCCAACUCCAAGUAUAGUAAUUGCCAUGUGUCGCCGAUUAUCAAAUCGAGCCACAAAUCUAAGGGUUCCCGUAAGAUACAACCGACAAGUUGGUGGAGUGAAGAUAAGUUAGACCGGCUCAUUGGAACGGACUCGUCUUCUGUUAAAGAGAUUUUGGAUACGUUAUGGGAUGAAGAACAUGAUGAGCAUUAGUUAUCAUCUUGUCUAAUCAUUUCAUUUGAGAUGUAUGAAUUUUUUUUUUUUUUUUAACUUUAUGUUUGAACUUUUGAUAAACAAUGAUAAUAAUUAUGGGACGAAAUGUAAUACUUAAAAUUUUUUA